GGUGGAUCGGCAGGUGGAGGAGGGUGGAGAGGGGGAGGUGGUGCUGGGGAAGGAGGAUCAGGGAACCAGACUUUCAGCAGCCAGAGAGCGCUUUGUCAGGCGACUCUCGAUAUCGUGUGUCCGUACAGAGGAUGGAGGCUGUACUUCACAGAAGGCUUCAUAGAGAGCUCACCUAGUGUGGAGAAGAUCAAAGUGUUUGAGCAAUAUUUCAUCAAGAUUGAACUCUACGACAAGGAUGAGAUUGAGCGUCAAGGCAGUGUUCUGGUAGAUUACGCAGACUUGACUGGAGACGAAUCGGUGCGUGGAGCGCUUCCUAAUCUCUCCACAGAGCUGAAGGAACAGCCGGACGUGAUACUCAACUGUUUGGGUUUGGCCGUUCACCAGGUGUUGACUCUAGACCUGGAGAAACAGGCGGCCGGCCUUCAAGGGGAGGAGCUUCCUGUCGCCACACCGAUCGUCAACAUCCCCCACAUCAGCGCCAGGCUGUACAACUACGAGCCGCUGACCGCGCUGCGGAUGCUGCGUGCCAGCGCGUUCGGCCGGCUGGUGUGCGUGAAGGGGACGGUGGUCCGGGUGAGCAACAUCAAACCUCUGUGCACCAGGAUGGCCUUCAGGUGUGUGGGCGGCUCGCACGUGCAGUCCCUGCCGCUGCAGCACGGGAAGUACGCCGCUCCUACCAAGUGCCUCGAGCCCGACUGCCGCGGCCGCUCCUUCACUCCGAUCCGGACUUCCCCUCUCACCCAGACUGUGGACUUCCAGAUCAUCAAGGUGCAGGAGUCGAUGGGCGGAGAGCAGAGGGAGGCCGGACGAAUCCCGCGCACCGUGGAGUGUCACCUGACCUCUGACCUCUGUGACAGCUGCGUCCCCGGAGACGCAGUCACCGUGACCGGCAUAGUUAGAGUCACUAACGAUGGGACUUCCCGGGCCAACAAGGAUCAGUGUAUGUUCCUCCUCUACAUCGAAGCCACUUCAGUCAGCAACUCUAAAGGUCAAAGGUCCAAGUCAGGUCAGGGGUCAGAUGGGUCGCAUGAGGAUCGUGGAGGGGAGGAGUUCAGUCUGAAGGAGCUGUAUGCCAUCCAGGAGAUCCAGUCACAGCCAGACCUGCUGAGGCUCAUAGUACACUCUUUAUGUCCCGUCAUCUACGGCCACCUGCUGGUGAAAGCUGCUUUGUCCUUGGCGCUGUUUGGGGGCAGACAGAAGCACACGGACAAGAACAGCGUCCCGGUCCGAGGAGACCCUCACAUCCUGAUGGUGGGAGACCCGGGACUGGGGAAGAGUCAGAUGCUGCAGGCAGUGUGUAACGUGGCUCCCAGAGGAAUCUAUGUAUGUGGCAACAGCACAAGCACCACAGGACUAACAGUGAGUUUAUCCCGAGACUCGGGGACCGGGGACUUUGCUCUGGAGGCCGGAGCCUUGGUUCUGGCCGACCAAGGCCUGUGCUGCAUCGACGAGUUCGAUAAGCUGGGCCACCAGCAGCAGGCUCUGCUGGAGGCCAUGGAGCAGCAGUCAGUGAGCCUGGCCAAGGCCGGGAUAGUGGCCUCCCUGCCCGCCAGGACGUCCGUGAUCGCCGCUGCCAACCCCAUCGGAGGACAUUACAACAGAGCCAAGACGGUGUCCGAGAAUCUGAAAAUGGGCUCGGCGCUGCUCUCUCGAUUCGACGUGGUCUUCCUCCUCCUGGACAUCCCGGACGAGACGCACGAUCGGCACCUGUCGGAAUACAUCAUGGCCAACAGGGCGGGAAAAGGCCGGGCUAGCGGCGCCACGGUGACCAGGGCUCCCAGUGCACUGGAGACCUCCAUCCUGCUGGAUCCCAGUGACAUGCCGCUGUCCGAACGCCUGCAGGUGCCGGCAGGUGAAAGCGUGGACGCCAUCCCGGUGCCUUUGUUGAGGAAGUACAUCAGCUACGCUCGUCAGUACGUCCAGCCGUCGCUCUCCCCCGAAGCGGCAAAGACCCUUCAGGCCUUCUACCUGUCGCUGCGAGCUCAGGCCCACUCUGCCGACUCCACUCCCAUCACCACGCGGCAACUCGAGUCGCUGAUCCGACUGACCGAGGCCAGAGCCAGACUGGAGCUCAGAGAGACGGCGACCAACAGUGAUGCUGAAGACGUGGUGGACAUCAUGAAACACAGUCUGGCGGAUACGUACUCGGACGGUCUGGGGAAUCUGGACUUUGAGCGCUCUCAGCUGGGAUCCGGCAUGAGUCAGCGGAGCGCGGCGAAGCGGCUGGUCAACGCGCUGCACCGGCACGCCGAGAGGACCAAUCAGACGCAGUUUGACCUGCAGACGCUGCGCUCCGUGGCCAACAGCACGAACGUCAAGGUGAUGGAUUUUGAAGGCCUUGUGAGUUCCCUGAAUGAACAGGGUUUCCUCCUGAAGAAAGGAGCCAAGCUCUACCAGCUGCAGACCGUCUGAGCCUCCCGGCAAAGGUCAGUGUCCUGGGAUCAGUGAGCGGGGGCUUUUUACAUAGAGAACCGGCCCACAUUCACCAAACCACCAACCAGCCCCCCCACUGUGAAUCCUUCCUGAAGAGACUCUGAAUCACCACAGUGACGGUACAGAGACCACCGCUUGCUGUCGACUGACAUCUCGGCUGAAUUGGUCUGCAUCUGUUGUCACAGAAAGAGCUUUAAACUAAACAUGGUAUUAAUUAUCAUGUUUGUAUCAGUCAGGUGGGACUACAAACGUUUCCUUUAGUGCAAAACCUACCAGCUGGUUUACAGUCAGGUACAGUUCUCUUUCAGUGUACAUGUAUUAUUACACAGUACAUGGUUACAGAAUUAAACAGCAGUUGUAGAUGAAGUCAGAGACAAUGAAUGGAAGGUAAAGAAUACAUAGAUGACUAUAAUCUUGUUUCAAUGUACAUAAAAUGACACGUUUGUAUAAAUUGGUAUGAAUCGGUAUAAAGCCUAAUAGGAUAAAUGCUAUUUGCACGGUUGCUUUGGAGCAGUUUUAUGUUUUGUCUGUUUUCAGCAAAAAGGUAUCGGUUGCGUUGUCUCUAAGCUUUCUCAAGUUUCUGAUUACUUUUUGCAGGUGCACUUAUCAGUUAAUGUCAACAUAUUGUAAUAAAUAACUUUAUUUCUCUGUAAA